AGAUGAAGAUGCUGCAGUUGGUUCUGAUUCUGCUCGUGCUGUCUGGUGUUUUCACUCAGGACAGUAAAUGGGGUGUGAAAUAUCCUGAUAAACCGAUCUGUGCUGUGAGAGGAUUCAGUGUCUCCAUUAAAUGUAGUUAUUAUUAUCCACAAGGUCAUCAGGUGAUACAAAAGCUUUGGUGCUCGAUGAACUCAAACACAGAUAAGUGUGAAGACCCACCGUAUGUUUACGACAGCUCAUCAAACACCAAGUCAGACUUUAAGUUCACUGAAGACGACAAAUCAGACUGUACUUUAUUAAGCCACAAUGUACAGUUCAAUUAUUCUGGAGUUUACAAAUUCAGAUUUAUUACUAAUGUGACCGAUGGUAAAUGGACAGGUGAACCUGGAGCGACUCUACAAGUUACAGAUUUAGAGGUGUCACUAAUCAGACUCAGUGGAAACGGAACCCUUAAACAAGGAGACUCCUUAAAUCUGACAUGUGAUGUGAACUGCACACACACUUCCUCACAGUUUGUGUGGUCUAAGAACAACCAGAGUGUAAAUACAUCAGGACCAGUUCUUCACUUUCCUGCUCUAACCCUGAGGGAUUCUGGGAAUUACACCUGCACUUGGGGAAGCGGUGAGACGCCAGGAUCUGAAACCAUCAGCCUUCACGUGGAGGGUGAGUCCAUCUGCUCACAACAUGUGUAAAAUUAUUAGUGCAGG